AUCUACAUCGAGAAACUAAAAUAGUAAUCAAUUUAGAGUCAUUAUUGAAUAGAAUUAUAAAAUCGAUUGAAAUGGAUGGUAACCAACUGAAUUUCUUGGAAAGAAAACACAAAUCCUUUUAGAUUUAUUAUUGAAUGAGAAUACAUAAAUCCACUAAAAUGACAAUUCAACUCACACUGACAUUACAUUGUUUGGUACGCAUUUUCAAAUGGUAUGGUGACAAUUUCUUAAGGAACCUAGUUUAUAUGUUAUGUAUGACCAACAUAAAGUCGAUGAGAUUCAAUAAUGUCAGCGCGUAUUGAUCUACACACUAACCUUUACCUUUCUGGACUAGAGUGAAUGCGUUCACAGAUGCGCUCUAAGUUGCUGCCUACCUAACCAAUUAUUGCUAAAGCAUUUUAAGAAUCAUCGACUGAUUAAGAUACACAUUAAAUGUUCCCAGAGUUAAGCUUUGAUGAGGAGUCAAAAUUGGGACAAAAGAAGAAAAACAGAUGCUAAACCAAAAGCCGCAAGCAAUCCCUAACCCUUUUGCUUUAAUUAUGCAUUAGACAGAUUCCUGCCAUUCAUUUUGAUCCCCUCCCUUUACAACAACCACCCUGACACAUUACAUUCUCUCCAUAUAGCUCCUCCCUCUCCCAGCUAGCACUCCCCCCCUUCUCCAUCUGCACCUCCAUCUCCAUUCUUCACUCUAAUCAUCAAUUCGAGGAAAUGGACGGGGUGGUGGUUUACAGGCGAUCGGCGUCGAGGCUGACGAUCGGAGCUCACUUUUUCGGGGUGUUGGCGAUUGUUCUGAUGCUGAUAUGGCUGCUGCACUACCGCGGCGGCAUUGAGUACGACUCCAACAACCCGGCCCGCGUCUUCAAUGUUCAUCCGUUCCUCAUGUUCUGCGGCUUCAUCUUUCUCGUUGGCCAAGCAAUGAUGGCAUACAAAACCGUGCCGGCAGCCAAACAAGCACAAAAGGUAGUACACAUGAUGUUACACUUAGUCGGCAUAGCUCUCGGCAUCGUCGGAAUAGCCGCCGUGUUCAGAUUCCACGACAUGAUAGGCGCUGAAGACAUGUUCAGCCUCCACUCAUGGAUCGGGCUCACCACCUUCAUCAUGUUGGGCCUCCAAUGGCUGUUGGGCUUGUUCACCUACAUGUUCCCCAAGGCCAGCCUGGAGACGAGGUCCAGAAUGAUGCCGUGGCACAUCAGUUUCGGCAGGGCGCUUCUGUACAUGGCCGUUGCGGCGGCGCUCACGGGGCUCAUGCAGCGAGAAACGCUUCUCAACCUCCGUGGACACGCCGAGGCCCGGCUCAUCAACUUUACCGGGCUUUGUAUCUUGCUCUUUGGAAUUUUUGUUGAUCUCUCGGUGGCCCUGGCUCAUCAUGCCUGACCGGCCGGCGAGUGUUGCCGGCGGCGAGUUUGGAAUGCGAUUGGUGUCCGAUUCUAUAGUACGUUUGUUUGUUUUCAUGGAGUUUUCGACCCAAAUUGAAUGCGUGUGUGAGGAAAUGAGGAUGGUUUUUUCACUUUGUCUUAGUUGAUUUUUUUCAGAAUUUGAAUAUGAAGUGAGUUGGAUUUUAUGUAUUUUUUGUCAACUAAUUGUGGUUCUUGAGUCCAUUCACCUAAGCAAUUGAUGAUUUACUAUGUUUUGUUUGAGCACACAUCCAGUCGUAUAUUGUAAUGAUUAUUAUUCAUGCAUGGUACUCAGUCGUGUAAGGCUACAGGGGUUUAUUGUCUUUUCCUCUCUAGGCCGACGGGUUUAGUGUAACCCUAGGAGAAUUAGUGUUGAUUAGGGUUACAUAUAUAUCUCUUGUAAGUAUAUCGGCUGCAAACCAUGAAUGAAAGUUGAGAUAACAU